AUGAGAAAAGGCGCCGCCAUUUUCUUUGCCCCCCUUUCUCAAAUCAGCUCAGACACUUUGACAAACUGUUCUGGAUGCAACUUUUCUGGAAAGAAAAGUGAAAAAGAUAAAAUUACUAGAUGGAGUGAUGCAGAUUGGUGUUCAAAUUGUAACCUUCCUGCAUCUGCUGGUUGCUUUGAAGGCAAACAUGUGAUACAAAAUGCCAAUGAACUAUACACUACAUGUUCCCAGCGGCUAAAAGUUCUAACUGAGGAAACAAACAAUGCUUGUGAGCAUGCCUUAAGAGACUAUCAUAAAAUCACAUCUGCACAUGAAGUCAUUCUUGCUUGGAUAAGCUGGCUUCAUCAGAAAAUAAGGCAAAGGAAUUUUUCAAACAAAGAAACCAUUGGUCAGUUGAAAUCUCUGAAAGUGACGAUGGAUGUUCAUAUUCCUCACCAAAAUGACUUGUCCACCACAUUCAAUGAAAUGCAUCAGCGAAUAACAGAAUUUCAUGACAAACUUCACCUGGCAAGAACCACACAAGUUAAGAUGAACAAUUUAUUUCAGAUGUAUAGAAACGUGCGAUGUGAAACUGCUGUAUCGGCGCAAUUGUCAAGCUUUCUGGAAACGCCAUCUGAUCCAGUUAACUGGUUCAGUACCGCUUUGGGACACAGUAAUAAACCCUGUAUGGACGUCCUUUCGUUCCUUGUUCGGUUGCUAGAUAAAGAACAAGCAGUUUCUGAAAAUAUUCCUGGGCUAAACUGUAGCGGCGACAAAGAUGCGAUGAUGAAUCAAGUCAGCCAGGCUAAAAACAAUAGUUCUAUAGGAGAUUCUGAGAAGAUAAGUGGAAAAGGUGAAGCAAGCCCGUCUUGUCAAGAUAUCCAGCGAACUCAUAAACGACGGUUGGACGAGGCUCCAGAAUCCAGUACAGCAUCCAGCAAGAAGGCUCGAUUGCAGAGCCCAGACCGAGGACAAAACAAACAAGAUCGAGACGAGCUAAUGUUCUACGGCACAAAUGGCAACGCAGUUGACCUUACUCUUAAAGCAAAAAUGGAACUACAAGCGGCCACCGUGAAUGAAAAUUUUUUUCAAAUCGUGCGUACAAAGCUUCAAAGCGCAGAAAAUAAGCUGAAGCUCAUGGAAGAAAAAGUAGCGGACUUGACCAAAGAAAAGGCUUGCCAAUCAGGAGAGACGACAAAUCAAAUCGUACGAUUCGAAACCGAUCUGAAGCUCGUAGUUGAAAAAGUUGAAUUGGCUGAGAACUCUGAAGCAGUAGCACGUCCAGAAUCAUCAAUUCUAUUUAAGCUUACAAAAGAAACUCGAAAAAAAUAUGCCAUGGUGUUGGUUUUAAGUACUGCAGAUGUUGAACAGCUGCACGUUGUCCGUAAGCAACUGGAAACGAGCCGAUCUCGACUAGCGAUCGUCUUACAAGAAAGAACGAAUCAAGCAACACCUGAAGAUAUAGAAACGCCUAAAAAUGAUGGAGGCUUGGCUGCGAAACGAUACAAUCAACUUCAGAGACUUGAGGUUCCCGUCGUUGCUGGCAAGAAAGUAAAGCAGCCCAUCAUUAUUUGCGGAAAUGAGCAAGUUAAGCAACAAAAUCCAAGUGAGAAUAGCUCACGAAAAAAAGAUCAUCUGCUUUCUCCACCAAGAGAUCAGCACAGAUUCCCAGGAGGUCCAAUGCAAUCUGCAGUGCAAACUUUGGCACAGGCGACAGGUGCACAACAGACGGAAUUAGGAAAAGGUGUCGUGCAACAAAUUGUGUCGAACGUGAUAGCACAUCAGAAGAUUAAAAAGUUGCAAGUGUGCAAUUUCAAGGCAAUAGCUUCAGACGUCUUAAUAGUAUUGCAUUGCCAAGGAACCGACGUGCGCUAUGAUGUUUGCACAAUUUGCAAAUCGAAGGUGGAGACGCGAUUCUACUGCGCUAAAUGCGAGUAUUUCAUUUUGUGCAUCCCGUGCUAUCAAAAGGGCAAACAUUGUCACAAAAUGGAGAUUCUAGGAUUCAACCUAGACGUCCAGGAACAACCAGCAGAUUGUACGGAUAUCGAAGAAGCUCGAAAGUCAAAAAUCGAUCGUCGUAUCAAUUCGCUUCUUCACUCUUUUCAGUGCCGUUUUGCCAAUUGCCACGAAUCUUAUUGUAAAUCGAUGAAGGCGAUUAUUAGCCACAACCUUUCGUGUAAAUUCAAAGCGGCCAAGUCCAUAAUGGAAAGCAUUCUGGAUUCAACAAGUAGCUGCCCGACCUGCGCAGAACUCGUCGCUCUGAUUAUCUAUCACGCAAAACUGUGCACCAAUGCCAUUUGCGACGUGCCGCAUUGCUCUAGCGCAAAGAAGAAGAUCAAGAAUUUUCAGAAUAAGCUGUCGAUGAUUCAAAAAGCAGAAAGCGAAAAGCUCAAUGAGGAUCCAUCAUCCCGGCCGGUGUCACCUUCAACCCAGCACAGCCUAACUUCAGCUUCAACUGUGUUGCUAUCCAAAGAGAGUUUAAACACCAAUCAGCAGCAGAAGCACAAGACACCAAAGGUGGGGAUGGACGUCCAUUUGUGGGCCAUGCAGCAUGUUGCCCACGUGGCACCAUAUGUUCCAGGAUCGACUGAUGGUACCAAAACUGGUAGAAUCCUGCUUCCUGCAACCAACGCUGAAAAGCUGAAGAUAGUCCAAGAAAACAUUAUGUUGAUCCUCCAUGCUCACGAAUGCCAUCAAGGAAAAAAACAGCGUCGCCAGUGCCCCAUUACACACUGCCAGGCUAUGAAGGAUGUCUUGUACCAUAUGAGGACAUGUGAAAGCGUAAAACUGUGCAUACCUCAUUGCGGUCGGCACGCAUAAUAAUCCAUCAUUUGAAAACGUGUCGCCGAAGCCUUUGCAUUUAUUGUUUAGGUAUGACGGAAGCAAAUCGAUAUAAUGCUAUCACAGGCCCUAAUCCGAUCGUUAUUGCCUCGGAACCACCAACCACGAACAUGUACAAAGCCACUGAAAGAGUUCGUAAUCUUGCACGGAUUAGGAGCUGCUCUCCGAGUCCCCCCGAUCACUUCAACAGCAGAAUUCUGUAGCGUGUAUGCGAACUGUAAGUCCCCGGAUUAAGAAAAGUAUGAAAUCUUGUUAAUCAUUAAUUACAAAAGUAAGUUAUGGCUAAUUACCUAAUCGCACAAUUUUGCAUGAGGAAUAAAGUUACCCUAUUCAAACCGAAACUGGGUAAAUGUUUUGAACGCGCUAUGGUAUAGUAUCCAUGUUACAACAGCGGUUAACUAAUUUCUUUAAAACGAUCAGGU